AUGUGCGCCUGCUCCCACAGCAACGCCGCCACCGGCUACAAGAAUGUGCGGGAGUCCUCUGGCCGCUUCGAAGCGCGGAUCUGCCUAGGCGGCUCGGGACGGCAGAUCGCCAUCGGCCGCUUCGACACGGCAGUGGAGGCGGCGGUGGCGUAUGCGCGGAGGGUCGGACAGGCAGAGGAGGCAGGGGUGGAGGCAACCUGUUCACAGCUGCACGCGAGGCCGCACGAGGUGCUUCAGCGGCCGGCCAAGCGCGCGCGGAAGAAGGGCGCAGCAGACGAGACUGUGCAGCGAGACGAGUUUUUCGCCAUCGCCGCGAGCAGCAAAGCCGCCCGCCGCAAACAGCCGGAGGCAUCGCCACGGCACUGA